CUGUUCUAAAAUGAAAAAAAAAAAACCUCCAGUAUUACCAAUAAUAUUAAAUACAGACGUUGGAUUUUGUUUUUUAAGGUGUUUUUACCAAAAGGGAUCCUCCCACUACACCAGAUCCAUCCUGCUUUAUGAAUUCAGAGGAUGAAACGAGUCCAGGGUUAAUUUGGGUUCAACCAGAUACAGGCGAUAAACAGUUCAAUGUUCUGCACCACAUUAAACCCUUAAUGACUCUGGGCGUUCAGUCCAGUCACUGCUGUGAGGGUAAUGGCAACGCAGCCGCUGCCAACAGUAUUGACCACUGUUGUUUUUUUGUUUUUUUUAACAAGCUGUAAGUUGUGAACAGCUACAGACAGCAGGGAUCUGAUGUUUUGUCAGGAGCAUUAACUUCUUCUCCAGUGUGGACGUUUAACAAUUUCUAAUCUGGAAAAUUAGGAAACCAUGCAUUUGUAGGAUUGUAAGGACCAUAGGAGCAGGAGUGUUGCAGAAGUUAUGGUUCAUAUCUAAGAUGAAAGCAUCUCUGAAUUAAAAAUGGGAGACUGGAACUUCCUCGGCGGGAUCUUGGAGGAGGUUCAUAUCCACUCCACCAUGGUUGGGAAGAUCUGGCUGACUAUCCUCUUCAUAUUUCGGAUGCUGGUUCUGGGCGUCGCUGCAGAGGACGUGUGGAACGACGAGCAGUCCGACUUCAUCUGCAACACGGAUCAGCCCGGCUGCCGCAACGUCUGCUACGACCAAGCCUUCCCCAUCUCCCUCAUCCGUUACUGGGUGCUGCAGGUCAUUUUCGUGUCCUCACCCUCACUGGUGUACAUGGGCCACGCCAUCUACCAGCUGCGGGCCCUGGAGAAGGAGCGCCACUGCAAGAAAGUGGCCCUGCGUCGGGAGCUGGAGGCGGUGGACAUGGAGCUGGUGGAGGUCCGGAGGAGGAUUGAGAAGGAGAUGAGGCAGCUGGAGCAGGGGAAGCUCAACAAGGCGCCGCUCAGGGGGUCUCUGCUGUGUACAUAUGUGGCCCACAUCGUCACACGCUCGGUUGUGGAGGUCAGCUUCAUGAUGGGGCAGUACAUCCUUUAUGGGCACCACCUGAACCCCCUUUAUAAGUGUGAAAGAGAGCCAUGCCCCAAUGUGGUGGACUGCUUUGUCUCCAGGCCCACAGAGAAGACAGUUUUUAUGAUGUUUAUGCAAGCGAUCGCCUGCAUCUCACUGUUCCUCAGCCUCCUGGAGAUCAUGCACCUGGGCUUUAAAAGGUUAAAGAGGGGCAUCCUGGACUACUACCCACAUUUAAAGGAUGAUCUGGAUGAUUACUAUUCCAACAAGUCAAAAAAGAACUCAGUUGUGCAUCAGGUUUGCAUGGGGACUAAUGUAGGGCGUAAAACUACAAUCCCCACAGCCCCCAGUGGGUACACAUUACUGCUGGAGAAGCAGGGGAACGGUCCAAACUACCCUCUGCUUAAUGCCUCCUCUGCCUUCGUCCCAAUACAAGGGGACUCUGGUGCAAAGCCGGACCACCACAAGGACAGCAAAGCGGGAGUGCCGAGCCCAACAGAGCAGAACAGCAACUCAAACAACACCAGCAGCGAGACACGUUCCCCUCCUGCCGACAAACAUGACGAGCCAGAGGAAUCACAUCAGGAGAUGGGGUGCCACCGUUCGGAGUACCCCACCCUCCCUGUGGCAGACACUUCCUCCUGCACCACGCUGUCAGGCCUAGCUAGGAAGUCCCGAAGAGUCAGUCCACCGUGGAACUGCUCCACAGUGGUUGAGGGGAACGGGUCGGACAGUGGGGACUCGUACCAUGGGGGCAACGGUAUGAAGCUCCGCAGCAGCUGUGUGGGCCCCAGAGCCAGGAUGGUCUCAAAAUCAGACAUGAAGAGGCCGAACAGGUCUCAAAGUCCAGACUCUGCCGGGGAACUGAGUUCAGUAUCUCGACACAGCAGAGAGAGUAACAGUCCCACAGCCUCAUCUCCAAACCGCAGAGUAUCUGCGGCGAGCAGUGGCAGCAGCAGACGAGCCCCAACUGAUCUGCAGAUAUAAAACCAACAGACUGUAGAGCUUCUAAUGUGGCCACAGAGACCACAUCAAGACAUUUAGGUGGAUGACAUAAAGCCUAUAUUCAUCCAGUCUUUACAUUUCUUAUAAAGCUGUUAAAAGGGCAGUGAAAACCUUUACAAGCUUGGAGAUUGCUGGCUUACCGCGAGCUUUAUACCUAAGAAUAGCCUUUUAUAAAUCAUACUAAAGUGCAUAUGAAGUAUAAAGUCCAUCUGCACCGGAAGGAUUUCUACUGCAUCACACUUAUUUCCAUGCAUUUACAGAGUGGCAGCAAAUGGUCAGAGGGACCUUUAAUGAUUUGUACCAAUGCACCCACACACUCUGAUUAGAAGGGGGUGGAAAACUGAACCACAGAUCUAUAAUACUCUUUCUGGCAGCAGUGUGCUGUUAUGCAACUGGAUAGUUUUCCAUCACAAACACCAAUUACGUUUUCAAACAUUAGGAACAUCCAACCUCAAAUCGGAGAAAGUUGAGUUGCUAUGAAAAAUGCACAUUAAAAAAAACAAAACAUACUUCUACUUUGAUUUUAUGAAUAUGUUUUGGGAUUUACCACUUUAUCAGAUAGAUAGAUAGAUAGAUAGAUAGAUAUAGUAAUGACAGACAGAAAACAAAGGGGACCGAAACAGAGGAUGACAUGCAGCAGAGGCCUGAGUUGCAUUAAAACCCAGACAGCUGCAAAAUGUGGUAUGUGCUCUACAAAGUAGACUAUACUGGCAGCAUGGAGCUCUGUGUUUGCUUUGUUUGUCAUUGCAAAUAAUAUGCAGACAAGAGAUUUAGUGAUAUAUAUGGUCAGCUACAUUUUAUUGGUAAAUAUGCAUCCAUUCUUACCAUGUACAGUACUGUGCAAAAGUCUUAGUUCACCUUUAGAUAAUGAUUAAUAAUGAACAUAAUGAAGUAAAAACUAUGAAUCACAGAAAAACGGUCAUCAUAGAGGAAAGAACUCGUCCUUGAAAAUAAUUUGAGAUCCAAUCUGUGCAUACAAACAAUUCAUCCAUGCUACCCAAUGUUUUCUAAAUGUAGAGGUACAGAUCAUAAUUAAAUAGUUCAUUUCUGCAUUAAGGGUGCCUGUCUAAGCUCAAUAUCACAUUGUAGGAACCAACAUUUAUUUAUCUACAUUAUAGGUAAUAGAACCAUUUGAGCUCAUAGUUGGAAGCAGAUUGGAAUAGGAGGAUCUGAUGUACAUUCACAAAUAAAAUGAAGCUCACCAGAAAAAAACACAUUAAAUAUUUUGUCUUUAUACCGUACUGUAAAUUUAGAAACCACUGCUUUCUGUUUUAAUGUGUAUUUCCAAACUGCCCAAAUUUCUUUGAUUUGAGGUUGUACUUCAGUACUUAAGGUUAAAGGAGUGAAAAAUAUCUUUACAUUAG